UAGUUGGACAGCGUUCAUCCCGCGUAAGCGUAAACAGUCUCCAGCUUUUCGUGACGGUGUGCAGACGCCACGCAGAGCGAUCUCCUUUUCUAAGCACGUGAAUAAUCUCAGUUUUCGGUUUGUUUGUUUUGUAAAUUGCUCCCGAUUCUUUUCGUUUCGUCCCUUGAGUUUUGUGCGUUUGCGAAGGUUUACUACCGAGUGCUUUUUGCGUUGGAUUACCUUUCACCUCCGCUCCUGAAUUUUAUGUGGCGCCGCGGCUCAGCGGGGGCGGACCCAGCUCGGGUGAGCGGCGAGGGGUUGCGGUGACGGAGAAGCGUUGCUCGUCGACGUCGGGGACGCGGGUGAGGGCGACGAUGACGUCCGGGACGGCGGCGGCGUGGCGCUGCUCCACCACGCUCGUCACCUCCCCCUCGGGCAACGGGCACCUGGGCCACGAGUGGGGCCUCGCCGCCUCCUGCAACGGCGCCCGCCUCCCCGAGACCGAGGAGGAGUACGUCGAGUUCUACCAGGACCGGAUCGUGUCCUCCCAGAGUCGCCAGCUCCUACCCCUCCAGGAGGAUCUCGCCGACUGGAUCAACAAGACUUUGGGUCUUGACUGUCUGACAGCCUCCAAUCUCUUGGACAUGCUUGACAACGGUGUUGUCUUGUGCCGGUUAGCUCGAGUCAUUCAAGAAAAGAUGCAGGAAGCAGCUCAUCACGGUGCCUGCAAAAAGCCAAUUCCAGUCAUUUCCGGUCGCUGUUUCGAAUCCGCCGCCAGAAGAAGCUUCUUCGCCCGCGACAACAUGGACAAAUUCAUCCAAUUUUGUCGGAAACUUGGAGUUCACCAACACUUGCUUUUCGAAAGUGAAGACUUAGUUCUGCACGCGAAUCCGAGGAAUGUGUUACUUUGCCUGAUGGAGGUAGCCAGAAUAGCAUCACUUUACAAUGUCGAGCCACCGGGGCUGGUUCAGUUGGAGAGAGAAAUCGCCGAAGAGGAAUCACAACACGAUUCCGGACUCGGGAUGACGGCUUGGCACUACGACAGUAAAACACUCAGGCACAGCAGCUCGACGUCAGUUCUGGGCGGAGGUGGAGGUUGGGUGCAUCGCGGUGUGAGCCCAGAUCACUGCACCAUCGGAAAAAGCGAGAAAUUGCGACGAGCAACGAGCGAAACAGGACCCGCGCCGAUUCUCAGGGGCGCAAGUGACGGAAUCCCCAGUGACACGACCGAGGACGAGUGGUCGCGUGGUUCCGCAGAGGACCCUGAUUUCGACGAUGAACAAGUCGGCAUGAGUCUCUUAGAUAGAAAGGUCCAACAAGCCACAAAAGAAGUUCAAAGGCAUUGUCACUGCUUGGGUAGCAAAUGUGAUAAACUAAAAGUCAAUAAAGUUGGAGAGGGAAGGUAUUCCAUAGCUGGUCGAAAUGUCUUUAUCAGGCUGCUGAAAGAUACUCACAUGAUGGUGCGUGUCGGAGGUGGGUGGGAUACACUAGAGCAUUUCCUGAUGAGACACGACCCUUGCCAACAACUUUCGCGAUCUGUAAGUCGCACCAACUCUCCAGUACCGCGGCACUGCACUCCUAAGAAGUACCUGCGUAGUAGCUAACCGCACACUUUGUCAGUUUUCGUGAAAAAACACGAACCACAAGGAUCAGCAAAAGGAAAUCAUUUUGCCAAUAAAUGACGUUCCCUCAAUCAAACUUAAACGGACCUUGCCGAUCAUUUCUUAGAGGUACUUUGGCUGCCAGGUUCGAGAAUUGUAUUUUUGUAAAUAAUCUCUAUGUACAAUAUUUGUUACAUAAGCUACCCGAGGAGGGGAAAUAAUUUAAUGUUCCAUGCAGUCAAAAAACAUUUUACCGUACGUAUCUUGCAAGCGAUUUCAACGAUAAUGGUUGUGUGAAAUGUGUUCUUUACACUUCCUACUCCAGCAGAUUUCGAAAUUUGCAUCAAUAAGUAAUGAGAGCAAAUGUUAAAUUUUCUCGAUCUUGGAUCAUUUCGUCUCGGAGCUGUUACUUGCCGUCCAAAUGAAAGAGUAAUGCAUUCUAUCUAUUAGUAGAUAAUUUUAAAUUUUCAAAACAUUUAUUGAAUGGAACCUAUACGUUUACGAUACCGCAAUUUAUUUUUACAUGUUCUGCUUUUUCAGAGCUCAUCAUGAUUACUAUUUGACUUUAAUUUAAAAAAAAUAAUAAUAAUAUUAUUUAGUGAUAACACCCGAAGCUUCGAUCAAUUUUUCUGAAAUCACUAUUCGCCUCUAUAUUUUGAGUCACUUCAAAAAUGAACUCCAUCAGCAAUAAAUUUCUUUCAAACUGAGUACUUUCAGGAUAAUAGCGAUGGCUGACGUUGAAAAAUGCCCAACUACCUCAAAUUGUAACUCUGUAAAUCUCUGUUCACAUGAUUUUUUUAAAAGGAAAACCAACCAACAGUCUCUAUUCUAACUUUCAGUAACUUCCCCGCAUUCAUUUCAGGAAAAUCACGCAAGUUGGGGCGAAAUAUUAUGAUUAGUCCUCCCUUAAGAAAAUGAAACCUAAUCAAAGAUUCUUAAAAGUUGUAAUUGAGGUACCUAUCCCAGAGGUUAAGAAACUUCCUGAUCAGGCUAUCAUGAUCGCGAGAUCGGAAACGAAAAGAUGGAGGCCUGUGAACAUGGAAAAGGCCACCGCGCAGUAGCGUUAAAACCGCACUAUUCUUCAAAUAGCGCCAUAAAAUUCGCAAGUUUUUCAAAGGAAUUCGGUAAUUUUUCCGUGUAUUUCACGAAAUCAUGGUAAUUUUCAAGAAAGACCGGGGGGGGGAGGAUAUAGCUAUGAAGAUUUUGGGGGAAAGAAGAGAUUUUUAUUCAAUGAAAGCUCAGUUUAAAGAAUUGGAAAAUAAGAACUUUCUUUGUCCCCGAGGUACGCGCAUUUUUCACAUUGAGCCAUCACGCAAAGCGAAAGAAAUGGGAUAAAAAGGCUCAUGAAUCAUGUAUAACACUUCUGUUUAUUGCAAAAUGUAAAUUUUUCGGUGCAAAAUUUCAGUGGAUCAGCAAUCAGUAUUACUUCCUGCUAAAUUUUAGAGUCUCUGCGGGCCAGAGAUUCAAAUCUGGUGCUUUUAGUCAUUAAUCAAAUAAAUUAUCAGGAUUUCUUUUUUCCUUCUAUUUAUUCUGUAAAUGUGAAUACACAGGAGUGUCAAUGAUAAUUUACCUAUUUUUAACUUCUUAAAUCUCCCUUACCCUUGAUUAGACAAAGUUUUUCUCUUGAAAUGCUUUCGAAUUAAAAGCAGUCCUACUACGUACUUAUCUUUCUAACAGAUUUAGAUUAAGUGAUUAAGUAUGUAUUGUAGGUAUUUUAAUUUAAAAAAAUUUAUUUUCUCAUUAUUUUCACAUUUUUUUUUCACAUUUGAAUAUCAAAAAUUAAAAAGACGAGGUGGUAUACUUCCUAGAAGGAUUUACUAUUUAAAAUUUUAUGGAAGCCGUUUUCUGUUUCAUAGUUUAUGUGUGCUAAGUAGGUAUAUAUUUUUUUAAAUUUGGUUAACAAUUUUCAAACACUUUCCAAAUUUUUUUAAGGAGUCUCUCUGUUAAGUCCCUCAAAUGUGUGCUGUAGAAUUAUUUUUUUCUCACAGAAAAUGGAACAUUUUUUUUUCUUUUAAAUUGCCUUUGUUCAGAUUAUUAUUUUCACUUCUCACAGAAUUUGCAGCCAUUAUUUUUGUAGUUUUACUGCUAAGCAAAUCAAUACAGCCGUCCUAUCAUUCGACCGUGCUCUUUCCUUACUUUUCUGCUUCAAAUAUUUUGUUCAUUUCAUGUCUGUUCUAUCGUUGAAUUCAACGCUUGAUUACCCAAUUCGCAAAUUCAAAACUGAAAUGUAAGAUUUUGCAUCUUCAUAAAGAAAUUCACCAAUCGUGACCAUUGAUUGGGCAUCGCUGGAAACGAAAAAUAGAAAUUACUUUUGUGCCUUUUUCUUUUGCAGAUAAUUUUACUAAGUGUUGUGAUAUUAGUACCAUUACUAUGACCCAAUGCUUACCUAAAUUGAAAAAAAAAGAAAGGCUCUCGAACUGUUUGCAAAAUAUAUAAAAUUUGUUGUAAGUUGUCUGUUGAAUUUGUAAUUUUAAAAAUUUGUUUGUCGUUUCAAGUUUCAUAGUUACGAAUACAUCUGGGUGUCCGCCUAAAUAUUUUUCAGAUGUUCAUACUUUUAUUCUUUUUAAUCAUGUUAAUUUGUGAUUAUUAAUUUUUACUUAGAUGUUUAUUUGGACUGCGUCAGUUGAUAAACAAGAACCCUCUUUUCCCUGUAAAGUAGGCAUGUAAGAUUAUCCAAUUUCACCUCUGAAAAGAUCCAUUUGGGUAUCGAUUGUUAUAUCGGUAAACUGCACCAUGAUUUUAUCAUGAUAACCCUUGCAUACUCACCAAACUUUCUGCCUAAUGUAAUCGUAGAUAAUUUUACUAUGCCGUCUUAAAAUAUCCCCUAAUGUGUACGGCAUCCCUCACUUUAGCAUAAAAGUAAAACUUAGGGCAAUGCUAUGAUUCUAAACAUUAAUCUACUAAUAAUGCGAUGAACAAUUAGAGGUAAAAUUCACUGUGUCCUUUUCUCAAAUUUAUUUUUUGACCUAGUAUUAUGCAAAACUUAGUGUUUAAUUAUCAAAUAAAUGUUGAUUAUUAAUUUUAAAA